GCCGGUGGCUGUCCCCGGCUUCCGGCUGCGCGGCCCGCGGGCCAGCCCCCUUCCCGCCCCGGGGCCCCUCCCUGCCUGGUUGUGUAACCGUCCCCAGCCCCCCCUCUCGGCCCCCUGCCCCGGUGAGGGGGGGGUCACCCACCCGGUGUUCCCGGGGGAGGGCGGCGGCCGUGGUGGCCGCGCGGCGCAGGCGAGCCCGGGGAUGCGCGGCCUAGUGCAGGCCGGGCCCGGGCGUGGGGGAGGCGGGCGGGCGGACCCAGAUCCGGGGUAAUUUGCAUCACCCUCCCCCCAGUCCGGGUGGGGAUUGGCCGCCGGCGGCGGGGGGUGGCGCGGGGCCAGGCUCACUGCCGUCUCCCGGCCCCUCCGAGGAAGCCUGCCCAGCCGCCGCCACCGCCGCCGCCGGGGCCGGGCCCCCUCGCCGCUGACCUGGGAAGGAGGUCUCGGCACAGAAGAUGGCUGGCGGCGUGGACGGCCCCAUUGGGAUUCCGUUCCCCGACCACAGCAGUGACAUUCUGAGUGGGCUCAACGAGCAGCGGACGCAAGGCCUGCUGUGUGACGUGGUGAUCCUGGUGGAGGGCCGAGAGUUUCCCACACACCGCUCAGUGCUGGCAGCCUGUAGCCAGUACUUCAAGAAACUGUUCACGUCGGGCGCUGUGGUAGACCAGCAAAACGUGUACGAGAUCGACUUUGUCAGUGCCGAGGCACUCACAGCCCUCAUGGACUUUGCCUAUACGGCCACGCUGACUGUCAGCACAGCCAACGUGGGUGACAUCCUCAGUGCCGCCCGACUGUUGGAGAUCCCUGCUGUGAGCCACGUCUGUGCUGACCUCCUUGACAGGCAGAUCCUGGCAGCCGAUGUGGGCACUGACACCGGGCAGCUGGAUGUGGUAGAUCAAAUUGAUCAGCGAAAUCUCCUCCGCGCCAAGGAGUACCUCGAGUUCUUCCAGAGUAACCCCAUGAACAGUCUGCCCCCCUCUGCAGCUGCCGCCGCCGCCAACUUCCCAUGGUCUGCCUUUGGCACAUCCGAUGAUGACCUGGAUGCCACCAAGGAGGCCAUGGCCGCCGCUGUGGCUGCUGUGGCUGCAGGUGACUGCAAUGGCUUGGACUUCUAUGGGCCUGGCCCCCCAGCUGAACGGCCUCCAGCCGGGGAUGGAGAUGAGGGCGACAGCAACCCGGGUCUGUGGCCAGAGCGGGAUGAAGACAACCCAGCUGGGGGCCUCUUUCCACCCUCUGUGGCCCCGACGGCUGCUGCCACACAGAACGGUCACUAUGGCCGGGGUGGGGAGGAGGAGGUGGCCUCGCUGUCAGAGGCAGCCCCGGAGGCAGGAGAUUCUCCCGGCUUCCUGUCGGGAACAGCCGAGGGCGAGGACGGCGAUGGGACUGAUGCAGACGGGCUUGCUGCCAGCACACUGCUACAGCAGAUGAUGUCGUCGGUGGGACGGGCAGGGUCAGCAGCAGCGGGGGACAGUGAUGAGGAAUCGAGGGCAGAUGAUAAGGGGGUCGUGGACUACUACCUGAAGUACUUCAGCAGUACCCACGACAGUGAUGUCUACCCAGCGUGGUCACAGAAGGUGGAGAAGAAGAUCCGGGCCAAGGCCUUCCAGAAGUGCCCCAUCUGUGAGAAGGUCAUCCAGGGCGCUGGCAAGCUGCCACGGCAUAUCCGGACCCACACUGGUGAGAAGCCCUAUGAGUGCAACAUCUGCAAGGUCCGGUUCACCAGGCAGGACAAGCUCAAGGUGCACAUGAGGAAGCACACAGGUGAGAAGCCGUACCUGUGCCAGCAGUGCGGGGCGGCCUUCGCCCACAACUACGACCUGAAAAACCACAUGCGCGUGCACACAGGCCUGCGGCCCUACCAGUGUGACAGCUGCUGCAAGACCUUCGUCCGCUCCGACCACCUGCACAGACACCUCAAGAAGGACGGCUGCAAUGGUGUUCCUUCACGCCGUGGCCGCAAGCCCCGUGUCCGGAGCGGGGGGCUGGGGGGACCCGACCCCAGCCCUGGGGCCACUACGCUGCCCAGCGCCCCCGCCCCACCCGGCUCCCCUGAGGCCCGGCGCAAUGGCCAGGAGAAGCACUUUAAGGACGAGGACGAGGAGGAGGAGGAGGCCAGCCCUGAUGGCCUGGGCAGGUUGAAUGUAGCAGGCGCUGGCAGAGGGGGUGGCGACGGGGCCACUGGGACCCCUGCCGAUGGCAGUUUUGCGGCUGGACUCGCCUGAAAACCAAAAAGAAAAACAGAAAACCCAAGAGACAGAAAGAAAGAGAAAGAGAGAGAAAUCACCCACCACCCCAAAAACAUACAAAAAGAAAAUUAUCUAUAUACAGAUAUCUAUAUCGAGAUAUAUAUAUAUACAGAUAUAUAUAUAUAUAUAUAUACAUAUAUAUAUAUAUGAAGCGUCACAGAAUCUAGGAUAGUGCUUUUCUCAGAUUUUUCUCUUUCAUGAUGUUCUCUCCCUUCAUGGGGACUCCUGCCCUCCACCCCCCAGCUCCCCUUCCCCCCAUCCCAUCAGUGGGUUUUGGGGCUUGGUUUGGAGUUUAUGGGACACGAGGGCUCUGAGUUCCCUCCUCCCCCCAGGUGCCCCCAGCAUGGGGUCUGGGGUCCCAUCCAAGACCUGGGCAGGGCCCCAGGCCCCAGGCAGGGAAUCGGGCUGCUGUAGGGGGCGGGGAGGGUGGGGCUGGGGUGGGCUUUAGUUUUUUCCCCUUGCUGGUUUCUAUGAGUCUUUCAGAUAAGACCUUAAAUGAUUUCUGUCUGCUGUGAGUGGACGUUAAAUUGGUCCCCAUCCUUCCCCCCACCCUCCUUCCUCAGGGCACUUAAUUAAUAAGUGGGGGUCUCCCCCUUGAUCUCCCCUACAGUCUCGUAGCCUCCUGUCCUUGCCUGUGGUCCCCUCUAUCUCCUGGCCACUGCGACAGAAAUCUAUUUAUUUCCAGGUGUGGAGAAAGGGGAGAAGACAAGGGAAGAGGGGGCACCAGGUGGCUCCCAGGGGCUCCUGCUACCUUCCUUCGUGGCACUUAAAACCAGUGGGGCACCUGGAAGCCACAGCGUAGAGGGCCCCAACCACCUCCUUCUUUGUCCCCCCGACCAGGCCACCUAGACCCCCGCACAGAGUUUGGAGAUUCAGAACCUGUCUUUACCCUCUCCUUUCCUCACCUCUCCCUGGAACCCUCUCCCAGUUUUUUAAAGCACUUUUUAGAUUGUUUUCCCCUCUUUUCCUCCUUAAAAACAAAAUUUAUAUAUAUAGAGAGAGAUAUAUAUAUUAAAAUAUAUACUUUUUCUCAGAGGAGCAGGUAGCAGUGUGGGGUGAGACAGCCAAGGGCAGAGGGAACCCAGGGUCUUGCAGUGGCAGAGAUGAGGGGAGAGAAGAGUCCAGAAGUUCCAGUGUCACAAAAGCAAUAAAAAGAUUUUACAAAACGAAAGGAAAAAAAACAAAACCAACCAACCACGAAUAGAAGUCUCGGCACUUUGUAACAGAACGGGUACUAUAUCUUAAUUUAAAAACAUGUUUACAAGUUGCAACCAACUUCUAUGAAAAGUUGAAAAGACAAAAAAAAUAAAGAGUGAGAGAGAGAGAGAGAGAGAGAGCAAAAAGAAAUUCCUAAAAGCUGAUUUAUUUUUGUACAAAAUAAUAAAAAAACCCCACCACCAGAUGUAGAAUCCACUUCUGUUCCCCGAGGUGAGAAAGGGGUCAGGAAGGCCGUGGGUGAGGGCAAGGUCUUCUGAGGGAAUCCGUGCUUCCCCGUGGGCCUCUGCCUGGCAGGCGGGGCUGCGGGGUUUCGUGUUUCUGUCAUGUCCCUUGUUCCCACCCAUUCUGCCCCCUUUUUGGUUCUGAUUUAGAGAUGUCUCGUUACCCACUAGCCAUACAAUGGCCACCCGUGUCUGCGGGGACCCUCCUUACUGACUCCCUAGCUCAGGGAUGGGCCCAAGAAAGGGCUGGCCUUCCAACCAGCCAGAGCAACCCAAUCUCCCCACCCCCCACCACCCCCUGCACUUGACCCCCAACCUUGCUCUCCCCCUACCUUUGCUGCUUCCUGGCUUUCCACCUUCCAACAUGGCCACCUUUCCUUGUGGCCACCGAAAAGCUGCCAUCUUGGGUAUGCCAUCCCUGUCGAGGUGGGUGACAGGGGGCCCCUCCUCCAGGGCCUUACACCCCCCGGGCACCCCUCUUUUUACUCAAAGGCACUGACUGUCAUCUGGGGGCUGGCACCUGCCUCCCCCAGCCUCUGGCUCCCCAAAGGCCCGGUGUUCACCGAGCCACAGGCCACGGACUGGGGCCAGGGCAGGGGAGACCAUGCUGCCAGAGGCCAGGGCACCUUCACCCCCUUCUGCAUAUGCAACGCCUAGUCUGGGACCCUGUAUAUAGGCACAUCCUGCUGAGCUCAGAUCUUCCUCAUCAAAGCCCGAGGUGGGGAGGGUGCCCCUGCUCCCCCCUCUAGUCACUGGCCUGUCUCCUGGUACCCGUUUGCUCUGUGACAAACCCCGUCUUCUCAUCUAUUUCAUUUUCUUUUUUUAAAGGGAAGCUUUUUAAGAAGGCAACAUUCAUCACUGUUUCUACAGGAUAGUUUUCGUCUACUCCCGGCCUCCCCCAGCCCUUCAGCCCCACAAAAAAUGUCUCAGGAACCCCCCCUCCUGAGGGGGGUGGCAGGGGAGCCCAGGGCCGCGUGGCCUCGUUCACACCCCAGCAUCACUGGGAGAGCUCUUUUCAGAGGACCGUCUGUGGAGGUCAAGCACAGAGCUCAAGCACCCAAGCCAGGGGUCCCCCCUGACCCUACCCCGGCUCCCAGAGAGGUUCCCUGAGGGGAUAGCCCUCUCCCCUACCCACACACCUCCUUGCAAUAAAACCAACUGAAAAACUA